AUGCGCCACUCAACCAAGGACACGCCAUCGUCUCGUGCCAUUCGCAACACCAUCACCUUGGAUAACCGCCCGCUGCAGCCUAUCGAGAGGAGUGUUCGAAUAGCCUGCGAGGACAUCAAGACUCGACCGCAGGCUGAGAGCACACCAAGUUGCAGGCAGCAACGUUGGUUGAGUCGAGCGUUCAAGGCUUCUAUAACGGCUGUGAACGCCUUGUUUUUGGCUUUAUUACUAGUUUCCCUUUACCGCUUAUGUGCUGUAUAUGAUCUUAUAGAUUCAGUUUUAUGA